UAUUAGGGAUUAAAUAAAUCUUAGAUUACAAAGCCAAGAUUUAAUAAUACUACUUAUUUAUUCUUGUGUAUGGUGCACAUAUAUGUUAAUACAAGCUAAUGAGACUUUGAUAAUUAUCAGACAUAAUACUACAAUUCUGAUCAUCCAUGGACAUAUAUUUGUAUUUCCCAUUUCUGUUCUUUGUUCUUUAUAUCAUAAGCUAUCAUUUUCUUAACAAGUUAAGAAACCUUCCACCUAGUCCAUUUCCAGUGCUUCCUUUCAUAGGCCAUCUCUAUUUAUUGGGUAAACCUUUCCAUAGAGCUUUAUUCAAAGUGUCGAAUCGCUAUGGUUCAAUAGUUUUUCUUCAAUUUGGAUCGCGUCUUGUUCUCCUUGUCUCAUCGCCUUCAGUAGCAGAGGAAUGUUUUACGAAAAAUGACAUUAUCUUUGCCAAUCGUCCUGAUUUUCUUAGUGGUAAGUAUUUCGGGUACAAUUUUACUAGCCUCGCGUGGUCAUCUUAUGGAGAGCACUGGAGGAAUCUUCGAAGAAUUUCCUCUCUUGAAGUUUUUUCUUCGUAUAGAAUUCAGACACUGUCUGGCAUCCGUUCUGAUGAAAUAAAUUACCUGAUUCGGAGACUCUCUAUGGAGAGUUCGGAAAAAAUUGUGGAGAUGAAAUCGUCUCUUUUUAACUUCACGUUCAAUGUGAUAUCGCGAAUGAUUGCAGGGAAAAGGUACUAUGGAGAGAAAGUAGAGAACUCGAAAGAAGCAAAGUUGUUCCAGGAUAUAUCAAAGGCUACAACAACCACUAUUCCAAAGGCGAAUAUUUUGGAUUUCUUGCCAUUUAUGAGGUGGUUUGGAUUGCAUAGUGUUGAGGAAAAGAUGAGGGAAUUACAGGAGAAGAGAGAUAAGUUUAUGCAAAAGGAAAUAGACGAGCAUCGUCGAUUAAAGACAAGUGGAUCAGCAGAGGUUGUGGCAGGGAAAAAGAAAACAAUCAUGGAAGUCUUGUUAGAUUUACAGAAAACAGACCCUGAAUACUACACAGAUGAAACUAUUAGAAACCUAAUGUUGGUCCUUCUCCAAGCUGGAUCAGACACUUCAGCUGUAACACUAGAAUGGGCUUUUUCACACUUGCUUGACAAUCCAGAAAUUUUAAAGAAAGCACAGACUGAAAUCGACAACCAUGUUGGACAAGACCGGUUAAUUGAUGAAUCCGAUUUGCCUCAACUUCCUUACAUCCGAUGCAUCAUCAAUGAGACAUUGCGGAUGCAUCCAGCAGCCCCUUUACUUGUGCCUCAUUUAUCAUCAGAAGAGUGUAAGGUUGCAGGCUAUCGAGUUCCACGUGGAACAGUCCUAUUAGUGAAUGCAUGGGGGAUACAUCAUGACCCUAAGGUAUGGGCGGACCCUGAAAAGUUCAAUCCUGAUAGAUUUAUAGGCUUUGAAUGUUUCAAAGAGAGCUGCAAGUUUAUUCCGUUUGGAUCAGGCAGGCGAGGUUGCCCCGGUGAGAACCUAGCAAUCCAUGUCAUUGGAUUGGCAUUGGGCUCACUUCUGCAAUGCUUUGAGUGGGAUAAGCCCAACAGGGAGAUAAUCGAUAUGAGCGAAGGCACUGGAUUCACACUUUCACCAAAGGUUCAGCCUCUAUUGGCAAAAUGCUCUCCAAGACCACACAUGGUUAAACUUCUUUCCAAAAUUUGAUCCUAGUAAUAAGUAAGUAAUAACCAAGCAUCUAAUAAUGUAUGCCAUUACUUCCACAUGAAUAACUAUACAUUUUUAAGAUCUAA